AUGCUCGUGGGGGUGUCGCCCUUCUUCGACGAGUACCCCUGCCUGAUCUUCAGAAAGGUGCUCGCGGGCCACGUGCACUUCCCGCCGUCCGUCGGCGCCCGGGCGCGCGACCUGGUGAGGCAGUUCUUGACCUUCGAGCCGGAGCUGCGCCUCGGCAACCGCCCGGCGGGGGCCGAGCCCCUCAGCGCUGGUGACGACGGCGCAAUGCCAGCGCUGCCAGAGGGCCUCGCGUGGCCCGAGCUCCAUCCAUUCGAGACGCCAUCUGCGACGAGUUACGACAGGUGGCGGCUCGACGAGGGGGACCGCAGCUUCGCCGCAAUACCGGUUGCUCAGCGGGGUGGUGGCGUGUUGCUCGCUAUUCCGAAUACUAUUCCCUCGCCCUUCCUCUCAGCGGCCGAGCUGGCGGCCGCGGGCGCGGACGGGGGCGGUUUCUUUGGGCUGCUGGGCCCGUACUUAGUGCUGGACGUGCCGCUCCUUGGGGCAGCCUCCCGCGCGCUGGCCACCACGUCCUCCGUCCUGGUGGUCGACUUGGACGUCAACGAGCUGGAGCUCGAGUCCUUGACGCCGCUGCCAGGGCCGACGCUGCCAGUGGACGUCGCCCCGUUCGCUGCGGUACGGGGUCGGGACUAUUGGCCGCGCCAGUCCAUCGUGAGGCUGCUCCGCGAACAGUGCGCCGCGCUCCACGGAGAAGCCCAGGUGCCCCGUCGCGGCGCCCCCCAGCUGUUCGAGGGCGAGGCCGCCCGUCUCGGGACCUCGCUGCGCGACCUGCAAAGCUUCGCGACGCCGACGCGGGCCCCUCCCGCCCCGCAGCGGAUGCAGGUGGCGGCCAACAAGGCGUCGGCGUCUAGUGUGCGGAAGUGGAGAGACGGGUUGGCGGAUUGCGGGUUGAACGAGGGACAGCGUAGCGUCGUUGGGAAGGUGGCACAUCGGGUGCUGGCGCAGGAAUCUCCAGGCGGGGGAAAAAAGGCCUUCUGGCGCACGGCCGGGGGCGAAGCGGAGGAGAUCACCGCCGAGGAAGAAAUCAUCGACGCCACGUUCGUGGACGAUGAAUGCACCGCGUUGGCGACUGCGUCCCAGCUGCUCGACCGCGCGAUUCAGACGUUGCUGGAAGUUAUGUGCUGGCUGUUCCGUUCGUGCGCAGAGGUGAUCGAGUCCGCUCUGGGCAGGGCGGAGUGCGUGCUCCGGUGCAAGGGAAAGAACGCCAGCGCGCAUUGGGAGCAGCGCGGGCACGAUGACGGCGCGCACGUAACAUCCAAACACGAUGCUGCCAUCAAGUUGCCCAUCGCGCAGAACGCAGCUGCUGGCGUCGCUGUCGAAGACGCGCAGCGGGACACCCUGCAGAAAUUGAGCAGCCAGUGCUCAGAGCUGGGGGGGGGGCCUUGCGAGAGCGCCAGGCAGUGGUUGGAUCUGAUCUGCAGCCCAGACCAGCGCUGGCACAAUAUCGUAGACUCGAUUCAUUUCGCAGGGAGCAAGUGCGACAGCUGUGCCGCGCCGCAAGGGGUGCAGCUCCAUUUCGCUUGCGACUUGUGCCUAGGGAUCAACCGGCGAGCCUUUGCAACUAGUCUGGGGCUCGCGCAGCACCAGCGCGCCGUUCACGGCGCCAGGAACGAAGCGGGGAGGUACGUCAAGGCGGACGGCUCCCUGGACAGAGAAGACAGGGCCUUGUGCCAGUAG